AUGGCGCAUGCGUUGGCCGCAUGGAAGCGCUUCCGCACUGCCGGGAAGGCGCUGGCCGUGGCCUGGGUGCUGUCAGCUGCGGUGAAUUUCGCGGCACCUGGCGGCGCCGACGACAGGAUUCCUUUGGAGAGCCUCAAGGUUGGAACGGAGGUGGAUGCCCAGAUCCUGUCCAAACAUAGAUUCAGCGGCUGGUUUGUCAACAUUGGCACAGACAGGUCAGCCUUUCUUGAGUUCGAGGAAGCUUGCGAUGGGUUCCCUACCGAGGGCAUGAACACGUGGUUUCGUGGAUCGACGCUGACAGCCCGUGUGCUGGAAAACGAUGGCGAGAAGAUUUGGCUGACGACCCGCAGUGGUAGCUUGGAGCGUCCGAAGCGCUUUCGGACACCUCCAGAGGAAAGCCAAAUAGCAGAAUUCAGUGGAAUUUCGUCGGAAGAAUGGGUGGACGCCGAGGUUUGUGGCAUGUUCCCGAAAGGAGCAUGGGUAAGGAUGACCACACCAUCGACCAGAACAGACUUCCGCUGUCUGCUGCGCAAAGAGCACUUCACGGACAGCUUGGGGAACUGCAGCUUUCUAAUGGGAGUGGUCGUGAUCGCCGGUGAGUCGACUUUGAAUCACGUUGCAUGGGUUUGGGCAGGGCCUGGUUGGAUGUGGCCUGUUUUUGAAGGGGUGCUGUUGGGCAGUGCAUGUGCAUCUGAAUUCCAACACAACUUCUCAGCUUUCGAGGAUGGCCCUUCAUGUUUAAAGGAUCUGUCAAGUUUGGCUUCAACGAGCUACGCUCCUAUCCGGUCCGGCUCGAGUAGUGGGGAUCUCGCUCGGCGCUGGCAUGCACCGAAUCAUGCGCAGUUUCCGCGCCUGCCGUGCGCGCUGGCAAGAGUCGGUUACAAUGUGCGAGACAUGGCGGGUGAAGUGGGCUCUGUGCCGAACGGACAGUGUCAUGACCGGUCAUUGAGUCAUCCAGCCGCCCCGCCACACCCAGGCCCAAUUCUGCACAGCAGUUCGCCUUUCCCAAGGCGAAUGUUUCAGAGCUGGAUGUAUGCAACCGCCUUGUUCCCUGCGCAGCUUGCCAAUCGUGGAGGUAGUGGAGCAUGUCUGUUUUUCCUGCUUGGCCCUAAGUGA